CUGGAAUCCCUUCCCGUCAUCACGUGCAACGUCGAUAAAAAGCGAUGCUCAAUCGCCCCGCGUCAGAGCAAGUGCCGGUCGAUAUCGAAGCUGCUGUGGAUUGUGCAGAGUCAACCGGGAAGCUGGAAACAGGACAUUGCACUAUCUUGAUUGAAAAUAUCGGCUUGAGUUUUCUUUCUACGAAGUUGCAGUUUCUCUUCCGAUCCGAGAUCAGAGUGACGAAAGAAGCGCUCAGGUCGAUUGAUUCCGACGAUUGGACGUCCAGCGACGACGCGUUCUCCCGGUGUUGGUUGCGCUCAACGCACUUUUUCAAAUUCAAGACAUAAAGGGAUUGCGGGUUCUUGUGAGGGACCAUAAUCGCAUUUGCUUUCUGUAGCAAGUCUCGACGUCAGAUACAGUAGCGAAACCCGCACGAGAAGCAUGGCCUCCUCAUCAACCUCGACAGUUACAGCUGCCCCAGUGAGCACAUCUCCACCAACAACCGCGACCGAGGCAGUACGCGCAUCGCAAGCCGGAAUCAGUGACUCGCUUUUUGCUUCCGCUGUCACGGCCACGAACUCAAACUUGGCGCGACUGUCGAAAACAGUAGCGGCGACGUCGACCGCGCUCACGAGCGGAGCAAACUAUGGCGAGCUCACGGCGUCAUCACAGUACCGGUCGCUGAUGAGCGAACUCGCUCCCACGCUACGCAAGCCUGCUAUUCAGAAGCGACUGUUUUCGUUCAAGGGCACGGCUGCGGCUAUGGCUCGUGGUCGAGCUACUACGAGUAUCGCUGACGGCUCUGGCGAAGGAAUCAUGAUCACAAAAGAAAUGCUGCAAGAUCUGCCUGAUGGCGGAACUCGGUACUCGCUCAUCCAGGGAUUUAACGCAACUCUACCAGAGCCUUCAGAAAAAGAGAAGGAGCAGGGAAAGAUGGUAUAUGUUGGGAAGGGCAAGAACAAGAAAAUGGAGCCUGAGGAAUCGGAGCCCGAGCUUACCGGAAUCCAGCGACUAGUCAAGUCACGGCAGGACGCUGUCCGAAAGAUGCAGAGGAUUGAGAUUAGAAAGGCUAUCGUGGAGCAGAAUGUGACUGAGAUUGAUCGGCGGAUUGAGCAGCUCCUUGCGAUCAAAAAUCGAAAUAUGGAGAGAUUGGCCAAGUAUGAGGAUCAAGAGCUUGAGAUUGAAAACAAAAUCCAAGUGAUUGAUUACCGGAUCGAACUUCUCCAAGAAGAAGAACAAGAAGAACGCAAUAAAGAAGCGGGCGAGUCCGAAGAGGUAGUCACGGCCGAGAAAGACGAACCAGAAGUCCUGUCCCAUCCCCCAGACACAAUGUCAAUUCUACUCAGCGAUUCUCUUGACCGAUACAGCGAGACCUUGUCUCUUCCCAGCGAGCCCGAACGAGCAUCGCCUGCGCCAGCACAGUCAUCACCGAGUCCUCAAUCUCCGGAUGAACAGCCGCGGUUCCCCCAAGACCCUCUAGCUUUGUUUGCAAGCGUGAUUCAGGAUGACAACUACGACAGUGACAGCGAUAGCGACGAAGAGCAAUUUGCGCGCGACAUGACUGAAUCGAUGCAAGAGGCUUGGGUGUCGUCUUUUAUGGAAUGGGAUCGGUUGACUGGCGAAUAGGUGAUUUGCUGUUAGCUGAUUGGCUCUAUAGAUCUUUUGGUUUUGUGCUGAUAUCUUCUUCAUGUACGUGUUAAUUGCACAGUGAUUCUGCUUGUAUAUUUUUUUCCUUUUAUAUCUUGAGAUGCCAUGUGGGCAUACGGAUUGUACAUACGGUUCCACUGAAUGCCUCAUUUUCUGUAUUAAAUUCUAAGUUAUGAGCACUGCAUA